AUGACGAAACCUGUCUAUGUGGAUUACCCUGGGGUUGAAUCCCUCAAUUACUACUGCGCGGAAGGCUAUCAUCCAGUUCACCUGGGGGACACGUUCAACGGAGGACGAUACAUCGUCGAAUAUAAGCUCGGACAAGGCAGCUAUGCAACCGUUUGGUUAGCCUGGGAUACACAUCAGGAGAGAUACGUCUCUCUCAAGAUUAUCUGCGCCGAGGCAUCCAAGUAUUCGUCCGGUACAGAGCUCGAGGUCCUGCGCCGAUCUACGGCUGGUGCAGGUCAAGGCAAACGCUAUGUCCUCGAAUUCAUCGACUCAUUUACGCACGAAGGCCCUAAUGGGUCUCACCUGUGCGUCGUUACCGAAGCAUCAGGGCCUAAUCUUACUGAAGACGUUUACGAUGUAUGGGAGGAUGAAGCCAUUCCUCCGCAGUUUUCUCGGCGAUUUGCUGUUCAGGUAGCUCAAGGUGUCGAAUACCUGCACUCUUGCAACAUUGUUCAUGGAGGUUGGCACCGAUUUCGACUUUUAUUCAAACAAUGA